AUGCGGUUAAUCCUGAAGUUCCGCGGUAUCAACGAUAAUAUAGACGUGAAGUUUUGUUGUGACACGAAUUUGAACAAAUUGUAUUGGCACAUUGAUACGUUUAUAGCCGGCUGUAUCGGUGGAUUUUUUUCAAGUGUGAUAAACAUACCGAUCGAAGUCGUCAGAACAAUAUUGCAAACAUCCAGUAAUUAAAAUACAUAUGGCUUUUAUACUAGUGAUAUAUAAUUUUUAUGCACUUUUUCUAAGGAUAUAUAAUUAUUCUAGGUAUAUUGAUAAAGUCCACUGAGAAUCCGAAAAACUCGAAAAAAUUCGAGCCCCCGAAAAUAAUGGGUCCAUUUAAAUUAAUUGUCCAUCGAUACAAAACCGGCCGGAUUCGUUCACUGUACAGAGGAGGAACAUUAUUGAUGAUGAGGUUUGUUUGUUAAACAGUACCGGCGCUUCAAACUGCUAAGCCCUUUUUAUAAUUUUUUAAGCGAGGCCCUUUCUUCUUAUUAUUAUGUUCAUACAUAAGAGCUCCGAUUCUAAUAUCUUUUUCAGUAAUCUAUUAUAAAAUAACAUAUUUAUCAAAGGUGAAAUAUAUUUAAUACUGUUUAGGUGAACUAAAAUCGCUUAGAUACACUAUUUAAUAAAAUAAUCCAUUAUAACAAUUUUUAAUAUAUUUCGUACCAACUAAUUAUAUAAAAACAAAAAAAUGAUUCAGAAACGGGUUGUAAAUGUGUUAAUUUAUCCAAUUCCCAAUAAAUAAAUUAAACAAAUUUUUGUCUUGCCUUUCCAUUUCCAAAUUCAUUCAUAUAAUCAAAUCAUAUUUAAUAGUUUCAGCUAUAUUUUUUUCGAUUGAUAAUGUCGCGAGUCCAAUUUGUCUAUUUUUUAACGUGGCAUUCCUAAGAUAACUUUUUAUUAAUUUUAAUUUAGAGUAUAAUCUUUCAAUAGAAGCUGACAGAUAAGUACAAUUAGAAUUAUUCGAAGGGAAAUAGUUAUGUUUGGUAAUGAGCAAUUUAAUAUGUUCAAUACAUAUAUACAGAAAGAGAUUGAAGUGCAAUUGUAUUAUCUUUCACUAGAGAUUUAAGUAUUUGAUGUUUAUGAUAUAAAUAUCUUUGUUCUCGCUAUUCAUAAGAUAAAUAUGAAGAUCUUUGCAAUAUAUAUUUUAUGCAAUACAUAUUUUAUUAAUUCACUGUCUUCUGUUUCUUUAAGCUUUUAAAUACGAUAUAGGAACUCAAAUUUAUCAUUGUAAGUCGUAAACUGCUUGAAACGCAAGUUUAGCGAACUUAAAUCUUGAUAUAAUACUAUUAUAAUAAAACAUGAACUACGAAAUUAGGUUUCACUAUAAAUAUAGCAAGUACUUUGUAUAAAUUUGUUUUUUCAUUUAAAACCGACAGCAGUUUAUUAGUAUUUAAAGUUUAGUCUUUGAAUUAUGAUUUACGUACACGAAUAAUGCAACAAUAUUAUAAUAUGCAGUCAGUAAAGUAUAAUAUUAAUAAUAUUUUUUCAAUGAUAAUUUGCUUAUCAAGAGUAAACAUCACUUCUGCAGGGCUUACAAUUUGCGUAGUGCCUUUUACGGAUGCGCCGAUUGGCACUGCCUUUGCGCCGGCGCUGAUGUUAAAUCUACAGAAUACGAAUUUGAGUUAAUAGAUUUUGAUUUUGCAGAGAUAUACCUUAUACGGGCAUUUAUUUUCUCUCGUAUGAGCAUUUCUGUUGCGUGUUGAAACAAUUUUGGCAUCAUAGCGAAAUCAAAAAUGAACCAAUGCCAAAAUAUAUACAAAUCGUUGCUGGGGGUUUAGCAGGUAUGUCUAACACAUUUUUUAACUUGCUUUUAUAUUCCAUUAAAGUUUUUAAUUUUUUAAUUUUUUUUUUUUUUUUUUUUGAAACCGAUUUAAAUAUAUUUAUGAAUGAUAUUUUCAGUUGAUUUGUUUAGAAUUCUUAUAAUUUAUUAUAAAGUUGAUCCAUUAAAACCAUUAAAGUUUAUAUGGUACUACCUAUUAUUUAUUAAUUAGGUGCCACUAGUUGGAUUUUGGUGUCACCGUUAGACGCGAUCAAAACUAAAUUCAUUGUGGACAGUCAACUAAAAAAUCCGUUAUACAAAGGCAAGUGGGACUGUGUGAAGAAAACUUAUGCGGAAGGCGGUGUGAAGAUAUUUUUCAGAGGAAUCUCGGUACUAUGCAUAAGAGCAUUUCUAAUCAACAGCCUAAUGUUUUUAGUUUAUGAAAUACUUAUGGACGUGUGCAGUGGUAGUGACAAAAACGACAAAGAAACGAAUGAACCUGGAAAACACUACAAAAACCUAAAAAUCGCCGCAUCACCACAAUAUUAA